UAAUCACAUGAAGCCAACCACUCCCUCUUACAGAAUAUGGUGGUAACCUCCAAAAAAAAACUUAUAUUAUAUUUCUUGGCUUUAGCUAUUCUAACAUCCCUUGUUUUCUUGCUUGUACUGUCUGAAACCUAUGAAAGUUAGCUGUUUGCUUCUACUUUGCUAGAAAGCAAAUCACUCCACAAUAUAGCUUCACUGCUCCCCUUUUACCAAUAUGCAAAUGAUACCCAGUGACCCCUUUUCUCUGUCCACUACUCUCCCAGGGCUUCCCAAUGAACAAAACACAAACCCUAACCCUAAUCAUCAUCCUCCACCCACCAAGAAGAAGAGAAAUCUACCAGGAACACCAGAUCCAGAUGCUGAGGUUAUUGCUCUUUCACCGAAAACUCUCAUGGCCACGAACCGUUUCAUCUGUGAAAUAUGCAACAAAGGGUUCCAGAGGGACCAGAACCUUCAGCUUCAUAGGAGGGGUCACAACCUUCCAUGGAAGCUACGACAGAGGUCAAACAAAGAGGUUCGGAAGAAGGUAUAUAUCUGUCCAGAGAAGACAUGUGUCCACCACCACGCCUCCAGGGCUCUCGGAGACCUCACCGGAAUAAAAAAGCAUUAUAGCAGAAAACACGGUGAGAAGAAGUGGAAGUGUGAGAAGUGCUCCAAAAAGUACGCAGUUCAAUCUGAUUGGAAAGCUCACACCAAAACCUGUGGCACCAGAGAGUAUAAAUGCGACUGUGGCACCCUCUUCUCCAGGAAGGACAGCUUUAUUACUCACAGGGCUUUCUGCGAUGCCUUAGCCGAAGAGAGCUCGAGACUUUCCUCAGUUACUACCAGUAGUCUAAAUUUCAAGAGCGAAGAUGCAACUGUGAUGAAUACACAAGCUGGUUUGUCGUCAUGUGGAUUAAUCACUGGUCAGGGAAUGCAGAGUGUUCCACACUUUGGUCCACAUGGGUUUCGUUUAAUGGGGAUGGGUGCAGACCAACAAAGACCAAACUUGUCACUGUGGUUGAAUCAGGGACAUCACAUUAAUAACCCUCUUGAUGUUCCAUCAUCAAGUUCCUCAGGUUUGCCUGAGGUUGUGCAAAUGGCACAAGCUAAUAAUGCCAUGAUUGGUUCUUCUUCAGUAUUCUCAAAUUUUAGAAUGCCUGCCUCCAAUUCAAAGGGAGAAGGUGGAGCUUCAGAUUUGGCAACGAUUUAUUCUGAGAGUCAAAACAAGAAUUCAAUCUCAGCUUCCCCAAUGUCAGCCACUGCCCUUUUGCAGAAGGCAGCACAAAUGGGUUCCACCAGAAGCACCAACCCUUCAAUUUUCAGUGGCAGUUUUGGAGUGAUGAGCUCAUCUUCCACCCAAAGUACCAGUCUCAAUAAUAGCAAUGCAAACCAAACCGGUGACCAACUUAACCAAGUCUUUCACAACAUGAACCAACAGGAAAAUUUCAAUGGAACAAGCAGUAGUGCAACUAUGUUGGGUAGUUCUACUAACUUUAGCUCAUUGACACAUCCAUCAAACAGUUUUGAUCAGUUUCUGAUGCAAAACAAUUUGGAACCAACUCAGAUAAACCUCCAUCCAGGCUCAAACACAGUGGAAUGUAACUUGACAAGAGAUUUUCUUGGCGUGAACAGAAAUGGAGGUGGACAUGCAUUUCUACCCCAAGAGCUUGCCAAGUUUGCUUCCUUAGGCUCAUCAAUGGGUCUGAACCAAUUCAUUGCAGGCUAUCGAUGAAGUCCUUUCUGACUAUAACUCAUAUGACAUAUCUAGUGGUCCCAAUUCAUGUUGUUGCAGUACAGUGGAAAGUAACAGAAAAUUAUUGGGAAUUGUUGGUGAAGCUUAAGACCAGUUUAGAGCGAUUUUGCGAUCAGAUAUGGUUCUGUGUAUUGUCAGCUGUUCUGAGGGUAGUUGGGACCCACUGCAUGUUUGAGAUGAAAGUAGGAACAGCGAGUUCCCCUAGCAGUGCCUGUUCUCUAAGUAGUAGUUGUUGUUGUUGGUUUGUCUUCUGUCUUUACCUUGUUAUCGUUUUUGGCUUCUCUCUUCCUCGAGAGAAGCGGAAGAUAUAAAGUAAUGGUAAAACAACUACAAAAAUAUGAAGAAUUCCAAAGUAGCAAUAUAGAAAAGUGAUUAAAAAAAUACUAGAACUGAUCAGUAUUUGGUAGUACAACUAUUACUGUUGACCUUCAGUCGAAUUCCGGUUCCUGAACAACCCUACAUGGCGUGGGUUAACGAGAAAAACAAAAUUAUUACUUCCGGUUUUACAUAACUCAUGGAGAGGUUGAACAGCUUGUUCAUUGAAAUUAUUAUAACAAUGAAUAAGUCUAGCCAACUUUACACGUUGGAUACGUGAUUUUUUAUAGUAGUAAUCAUAAUAUUAUAAUGAUGAUGAUUAAGGAAAGUUCAGGAGGAAGAUGAGCAUUUUGACGUUUUUAUUUGGUUGCUUUUUGGUAGAUAUAUCAAGUGCUGCCUAGUAGUAGUUUGAGAUAGCCAGAAUCUAGAUGCUAUAGGCUAGCUUUUUCAUAGACCCUAGUUAUAAUGACCAAAUCUCUAGCUAGAGGUGUAAGUUUUGUUUGAUUUUCGUCAAAUAAGUUUAAGUAUUUAUUGAAUUAAAGGCUAUGUUUCAUUGCCACUAGCUUCCAGGUCAAACUUCUUAAUUUGGUGGUAUACUGAAUUAAAAGUCAGUCUAUGUGGUUGCUACUUGCUUCUCUGCAUUUAUGGAAACUUUGUCGUGUUCUUUUGUAAUUAUGUAUUGU